AUGACCGAGCAGAAUGACUGGCAGUUCCUUCAGUUUCUGCAAGUUCAUGUUCACUGGAAGAGUUAUCCCUCUGUGCUGUUAGUUCACUGGAAGUGUUAUCCCUCUGUGCUGUUAAAGGUGUUUGUUCACUGGAAGUGUUAUCCCUCUGUGCUGUUAAAGGUGUUUGUUCACUGGAAGUGUUAUCCCUCUGUGCUGUUAAAGGUGUUUGUUCACUGGAAGUGUUAUCCCUCUGUGCUGUUAAAGGUGUUUGUUCACUGGAAGUGUUAUCCCUCUGUGCUGUUAAAGGUGUUUGUUCACUGGAAGUGUUAUCCCUCUGUGCUGUUAAAGGUGUUUGUUCACUGGAAGUGUUAUCCCUCUGUGCUGUUAAAGGUGUUUGUUCACUGGAAGUGUUAUCCCUCUGUGCUGUUAAAGGUGUUUGUUCACUGGAAGUGUUAUCCCUCUGUGCUGUUAAAGGUGUUUGUUCACUGGAAGUGUUAUCCCUCUGUGCUGUUAAAGGUGUUUGUUCACUGGAAGUGUUAUCCCUCUGUGCUGUUAAAGGUGUUUGUUCACUGGAAGUGUUAUCCCUCUGUGCUGUUAAAGGUGUUUGUUCACUGGAAGUGUUAUCCCUCUGUGCUGUUAAAGGUGUUUGUUCACUGGAAGUGUUAUCCCUCUGUGCUGUUAAAGGUGUUUGUUCACUGGAAGUGUUAUCCCUCUGUGCUGUUAAAGGUGUUUGUUCACUGGAAGUGUUAUCCCUCUGUGCUGUUAAAGGUGUUUGUUCACUGGAAGUGUUAUCCCUCUGUGCUGUUAAAGGUGUUUGUUCACUGGAAGUGUUAUCCCUCUGUGCUGUUAAAGGUGUUAGUUCACUGGAAGUGUUAUCCCUCUGUGCUGUUAAAGGCCACUGGACCCGAAUAGGCAAAGUGAGAGCGAGGACUCCUUCCAUCCGUGCAAAAAUACAAUUGUGAAGUAGUGGUGUAGGAGGACAUU